CCAGGGAGACGGGCGGGGGGGGCACCGAGGCCUGCCGGGGCGCCCGGGGAAGCGGCCGCACGUCAGGCUUCCGGCCAGCGACCGAAUCCCGGCUCAUCUCUCUCCUGCCGGGUCGCCCCAAGCUUAGGACGAGGGUUUGGGAUCGGGGAGGGGUCUGCAUCCAAGGGCAGAGACCCUUCCCUCUCCGUCCAUUGUGUGUCCAGAACUUGGCUCCAAGGAAGCGGCUUAAAACUGAGGGCGAAGCAGGGAGGGGAUAUGGGGGACCCGGACAGGUUAGCAGCCGUUACUUUUCUGGACUUCUUCCGUUUAAUAAGAGUGACAGCUAACAAGUAUUAAGCACUUAUCCUGUCAGGGGCCCUGCAGUAAGCGGUUUGCAUGCAUUUCUCUGUUUAAUCCUCCGCACAUAACUUUUCUGAUCCCGAUUUGGUAGGUGGGAAAUGAAUUAGCGGAUUAGUUCAGUGACUUGCCCAAGGUGACACAGUUGCAGAGCCGGAACUUCAGUUCUAGUCUUUCUGUCAGCAUAGCCAAUGUCCCUUAACCACUUAACUGCCAAGGCAGUAUUGGUAUGUUUUUCUCAAGGCAUGUAGCUCAAGCAGGUAGUAGAAUAUGCUUGAUGAGAGAGACUUAGGAAUGUGAUGUUGAAUUCAGUUUUCCCUUUUUCCUUUAUAUUUCACGAAAAUUUAGACCUUGGCUUUAUAUUAGAAUCCUGGGCAGAAGAAAAUGCAUGAAUUAAUUGUACAGAAUUGUCAUGGAAGACUAUAGAAGUGAUGCUUUUCAAGAGGUUAUCAGACAAACGGGCUGUUAGCUGAGUUCCUUCACUGUGUACCAGUUAGGUGGCACACUUACUGUGGACUUGAAAAGAGAUACGAUACACAGUCUGGUACUUGAGAAGGUUUAUAAUCUCUAUGAAGCAAAAGGUAGUUGAUUUAGGACCUGAUAAAUUAAUGCUAUUAUUGUCCUUAAGAGAGAUUGAGGUAAAGCAUUGUGAAAUGGAUCUGGAGACAUCCAAAAGCAUACACUUAGGAUGGGGUUGUGGAAGAGAAGCCCUAGGAGGUAGGUUGAGUCUAAUUUGUUGGGGAGCUUGCGUCUUUUGCCAGUGGGUUGGUGCUUUUUUCUGUGGGUUGCCAAGAAACAAUUGUGGGUUACAGGGAGUUGCCCAAGGAAAGCUUUUCUUGAAGGAUUAAUUUGUCCCCUGGGAGUUGUGUGGCUUGAAGGAGGAGAAGACUGAAUGCAUGCCCACCAUAUAGAAGGGACCUUUUAUGUAAAAAUAAACCAGAGUCAGAGUCGGUGGUUGUUCCUGAAGCCAACCUAGCUGAAUUGACAUAAAGAGAGUGAGGAAGAAGAUGAAAUUGAAAUGGAAGUUGAAGACCAGGAUAGCAAAGAAGCCAAAAAACCAAACGUCAUAAAUUUUGACACCAGUCUGCCAACGUCACAUACAUAUCUGGGCGCUGAUAUGGAAGAAUUUCAUGGCAGGACUUUGCAUGAUGACGACAGCUGUCAGGUUAUUCCAGUUCUGCCCCAGGUGAUGAUGAUCCUGAUUCCUGGGCAGACCUUACCUCUUCAGCUUUUUCGUCCUCAGGAAGUCAGUAUGGUGCGGAAUUUGAUUCAGAAAGACAGAACCUUUGCAGUUCUUGCAUACAGUAAUAUACAGGAGAGGGAAGCACAGUUUGGAACAACAGCAGAGAUAUAUGCCUAUCGAGAAGAACAGGAUUUCGGAAUUGAGAUAGUGAAAGUGAAAGCAAUUGGAAGACAAAGGUUCAAAGUCCUUGAGCUAAGAACACAGUCAGAUGGAAUCCAGCAAGCUAAAGUGCAAAUUCUUCCUGAAUGUGUGUUGCCUUCAACCAUGUCUGCAGUUCAGUUAGAAUCCCUCAAUAAAUGCCAGAUAUUUCCUUCAAAACCUGCCUCAUGGGAAGACCAGUAUUCAUAUAAAUGGUGGCAGAAAUACCAGAAGAGAAAGUUUCAUUGUGCAAAUUUGACUUCAUGGCCUCGCUGGCUGUAUUCCUUAUAUGAUGCUGAAACUUUAAUGGAUAGAAUCAAGAAACAGCUACAUGAAUGGGACGAAAAUCUAAAAGAUGAUUCUCUUCCUUCAAAUCCAAUAGACUUUUCUUACAGAGUAGCUGCUUGUCUUCCUAUUGAUGAUGUAUUAAGGAUUCAGCUCCUUAAAAUUGGUAGUGCCAUCCAACGACUUCGCUGUGAACUAGACAUUAUGAAUAAAUGUACGUCUCUUUGCUGUAAACAAUGUCAAGAAACAGAAAUAACAACCAAAAAUGAAAUAUUCAGUUUAUCCUUAUGUGGACCAAUGGCAGCUUAUGUGAAUCCUCAUGGAUAUGUGCAUGAGACACUUACAGUGUAUAAAGCUUGCAACUUGAAUCUGAUAGGCCGGCCUUCUACAGAGCACAGCUGGUUUCCUGGGUAUGCUUGGACUAUCGCCCAGUGUAGGAUCUGUGCAAGCCAUAUUGGAUGGAAAUUUACAGCCACCAAAAAAGACAUGUCACCUCAAAAAUUUUGGGGUUUGACUCGGUCUGCUCUGUUGCCCACAAUCCCAGACACUGAAGAUGAGAUAAGCCCCGACAAAGUAAUACUUUGCUUAUAAACAAAUAUGGUAGAGAUAGUUAUUUAUCUAGUUGGUCUUGUAAAAUCAGAUCUGCUUUGGAAAUUACUGCUUUUGAUGCAUACCUAAGUAAAAAGCAACAUUAUGUGGAAGGUUGCAGUUUCUUAGUCAAGGGUUUUUGAAGAUUUAAAUUAAAAUAUACUAUUGAAAAGGCUGAAAAGCAGUCUAGAAAACUUGGUUUUUAGGAAUAUCUAGCUUGAUACCAUUAUAUUCUGGCCUGCUAGGAUACGAAGACCUCUCUGAAAGGGAGGAGAUGGGUUUUCCUGCACCGAACAUAUUUGUAAUUCCCCUAACUCGAGGUUAAUCAUACAUGGAACCAACAGCAAGUUUUUAGAAGUUCCCAAAGCUAGGGUGCCAAGUACAUGUUCCCUUUGAAAGAGGCAAAGGCUUUAAUUUUCUUGAGUUUCUCUCCUACUGAUUUGUAAAUUUUGAAAAUAUUAAAGAGUUAAAAUACA